AUGAAAACACGUGAUACCACAUCGUCAAUAACAACUACUGGUAUAGUUUAUAAUUCUGAAGAUCGAACAAAAGAUAUUUUAAAUUAUCAAGCACUAUUACAAAAUGAAAUGUUUGGAACAAGAAUCGAUACAAUUUAUGACGAACAAAUAGGAGUAAGUGGAUUAAAUGGUAGUGGUGGCAUAGCUGAAAAUAAUUCGACAAGCACGGAUACAAAUACUGAAUCAAAUCCACAAACAACCCUAAUACCAUCGUCGAGCACAUUAAAUAAUACAACGGAAGGUUCAAAUUUUGGUACUCAGUCACCAUUAUUUCUUUCACCUUCAUCUACUUCUUUACCAUCGUCAUUUCGUCUUAAUUAUACGAAUAAUAAUCCAAAUAUUCUCCGUUUAUGUGAUCCAAAUACGAUUUUCAAAUAUUCUCUUAAACAUGCAUCCGAAUUACAAGGUGAUUUUUAUUUAAAUUUGGUCGAUUGGUCAUCAACCAAUAUUUUAGCCGUAGGCUUGAAUGCAUCCGUUUAUUUGUGGAAUGCGAAUACAUCAAAUGUGACGAGAUUAUGUGAUUUACAAUCAGAAUUAGAUAAAAUGACAAGUGCGGCAUGGUCAGAUCGAGGACAAUUUGUAGCAGUUGGAACACACAAAGGUAUUGUUCAAAUUUGGCAAGCACAAUCACAUCGUAAAACCAUUCUGUUUCCUCGUCAUACAGCACGUGUCGGUGCUUUAGCAUAG